GUUUUGUGUUGACGGUUGCACACCUCGAUGGCUUCCGGUGGUGAGCGGCCCGCUGUUAGUGCUGAUGUGGGGGAAAUUCAAAAGGGGGACGAAAACCCAGUUUUUUCCAAACCACCUGAGUCUCCAAAAGUUGAAGAAUCGUCCGAAGAGGAAGAAGAAUCUGAGUUUCCAUCACCAUCCGCUGCUUCAAAUGGUCAUUUCAGUGAGGAAAACGCAAAACGUAUGCGAAAGAAGGUUCAGCGUCUUUCAGAGACACUUAGCGAGGCUCACGCCGCAAUGGUUGAACAGAGGGCCAAGGCAGCCAAAGAACUCCUUGAGGCUGGUAAUGGCACGGCACUAGGUGACAUUCCAAGCAUUGAAACCAACUUCCGGAAAAUGCAACCCAUUAGUCUCAAACCGCUUCACCUCGUCAUCUACGGGCGUUUGGGCGCCAUCACGGAGGUCCGAUCGAACCUUCGUAAAUUCCGAGGUUUUCCAUUCAAGUCUGGCUCCCCAGAAUACAAUAAAAAACUUUCAGAAGUUGAGCGGCGGACCUCAAAAGAACUGCGGGAGGUUCUACGUAUCCUUAAUCUUGAAGUUUCCGGAUCAAGAGAGCAGAUAGCGACGCGACUGCUCGACUUCCUAUUGGAACCUAACGCUGAUAAAGUAAAGUAUAAAGGUCAAGUCAAGCGGAGUCGGAGAAGUGUCAAGAAGGAAUCUAAGAAAAAGACAAAAAAGACACCAAGUGCUAGAAAAACUCCUUCCAGUGAAGGUAGUGGGAAGGAAGUUAGCCAUACAGAAGAGGACACAGCCUCAGAUGACGGCGACAGCAAUGUUUCAUCCCUAGAUGAUGAAUCAAGUGGUGAAGAGUACUCUUCGGCGGCUAAGAAGCCUGCACAAUCGAAGGGCAGAAAUUCACAAAGAGGACCAAGAAAGCGUCGGGCUCGCCUCGAUGAUUCCGAUUCUGAAACAAACCAAACAACUACCACUAGGACAACCCCUAAGCAUAUGAAGGUUCCCAAAAAGUCUGCUCCAGUUGACUCUGACGAAGACGCACCACUAUCCGCCUUCGCUUCUUCGAAGAAGCCUACUCCUCCGUCGGAUUCCGAGCUGAAGGAAGGCAUUAUUGCAUUGCUCAAGACAGUUAAUCUUGAGGAAACCUCCUUAAGAGUUGUCCGAGAGCAGAUCUUCUCACGCUACCCCGGUGUCGAUUUGUCUGGAAAACGAGACUUCAUCAAUACAACAGUGAAAGAAAUCUUCUCACGCUACCCCGGUGUCGAUUUGUCUGGAAAACGAGACUUCAUCAAUACAACAGUGAAAGAAAUGGAUGAAUUCACGCAAGUCGGCCACCGCGUGCCUUUUCUUUCUCAGGAUGAGAAAAAGCACAAUGAAGUUGCCUACAAGCGACGCGCAGUAAAACGUGACGAAUCACGCUACUCACGUUGUGUAAUCUUCGUGAUCUUCAGUAUUCUUGGCAUCGUUGUCCUCAUUACCACGUGCAUCCUCUUGAACUACUACGUAUUGACUAACGCCGCCGUGGAUGUCGAUAUUUUGGAGGCUAAGAAGUGUCCCGGUUGUGCCGGUCAGUCGAUCUGCCCUGCAUUCUUCCGUGGUGAUGUGUCCUUCAGUGGGAUAUAUCACAGUCGUCUGGCCCAUCUCUUUCAUUCAGCUUCCUUUGGCCUGGAUGGUACUAUGGGUCUCUAUGAAACGGCGCGAAAGGUUCACUUACGCCGUGUUGGUAAUCCUGCCCCUCCGGAGGUGGUUGAUGAUGCAGUAUGCCGCCGUGGCCCUCAGCAUGGCUUACCAGGAGCUAGUGAGGUUGCCCGAGCCAAGUUAAGAUGUAUCCCACACCUAGCAAUCUGGCGUUGGCGUCCUACAAACGACCCGGUGGAGGGCACGAAUGGCGACCCUGUAGAUCUCCCACUACACCGAGGUAUUGUUGCUGCUCCGGUUUUUCUCCCUCCACAGGACCGUGAUCCAACUUUGGUAGAAGAUAACUGGGCUAGUCGUGUUAUGCCGACCGCCUUUUCUCCCGCCACUAGAUGUGCUAAUGAUCGCUUGUUCCGUCUUCUACAAUCGAGAUUUCGAGAGCGUACGAGCUUUGGUGCUGAAACCCGAUGGCUUCGAUUCGACGAACUGAUGUUUCUCUUCAAUCUUGCUGUGGAUCCACAAGCUGUUAUUUGGCAAGCUUUUCCUCGUACUGAGGGAUGGCCGUUCCCCACCUAUAUUGGUGCUUGUGGCCGGUGGACAGUGCAGAAUUAUCAUGGUGUCCCGCUGCUCCGUUUUUGUGAUUCACCUCUGUGGCUUAGACUUCGUCUGCUACUCAAUAUAAUGGAUAUACCGGCUCGCUUGGAACGAAGCGGCUAUACCGGUUCAAAGUACGUAUUGGAUGCACCCGAUGACUCCACAAGUGGUUACGCCAUCUAUCUGGGGAAUUUCGAUCUUCCUUCACUGUUCACGGUAGAUCCACAAUCAUAUAAUGUAACCGUUGCAAACCUCCGUCACGCGAUCAUCGUGGAUACUCAUGCGGUUUCUCUCUACAAGAAUGCCAGUACCGAGGAGCACGUAGUCAACCCAAACGCAACAGUCUUUCUUGCCAGAGGACUUGCGUCGCAUGACUGUGAAGGCAAUGUGACAAAGUCGGGUGAUGCGGGUGGCACUACGCCUCCCUGUAUGGCGCGCGUACACGCGGAUGAGCUAUGUUCUAACGCCCAUUCCGACCACAACAUAUGGGCAGUUUGUGCCACUCUUCUUCUGAGUCAUGAAGGAACGCGUUCAUGCAGUGGUUUUCUGCAUGGACUGCCUUCCGAAUUUAUAUCCACCCUUCAAGAUUGUGUUCAUAGUCUUGGCCCAGGUUACCGGCGGAAGAUGUUGGUGCGUGCAAAAGAUAUUCUACUAAGAACUAUUCAGCUUCACCCAGAGCCAAAAGGAUGGUAGGGUUCCUCUGGGCGUACGUCAAUAGGUGUUGCAUUCCACAAAUAACUGUUCGCAUUUUCUACGCGUCUUGCUUAUUGAUCAUUAUAUUUGCCUCGGUUUUUUAUCCCCCCCCCCCCAUUGUUGGGAACAUUCCGUUAAUUUUAUCCAGUUUUAUUUCAAUGGCUGUGCUUCAAUCGUCUUAAAACGAAUAAACAAAC